AUGGACGCGCUGAGCCGGGCAGGGCCCCGGGCCCCCCGCGCCGCCAUCGCCCCCGGGCCCGGCCCGUCCCCGCUGCCCUGGGGCCGCUUCGCCGCCUGGAUCGACUGCGUGUGUGUGGUCACCUUCGACCUGGAGCUCGGGCAGGCCAUGGAGCUGGUGUAUCCUCACGACUUCAGACUGACAGAGAAAGAGAAAACGAGUAUCUGCUACUUGUCCUUCCCAGACUCCUACUCAGGUGGCCUUGGGGACACCCAGUUCAGCUUCCGCCUGCGGCAGUCGGGGGGCCCCAGGACCUCCCCGUUCCAGGACGACGGUCGGUACAACCGGGAGGCCCCCCUGACGCUGCAGCGCGAGGCCGCUCAUUACUUCGGGUACGUGUACUUCAGACAGGUCAAGGACAGCUCCAUGAGGAGGGGGUACUUCCAGAAG